GUCAAGACUGAGUGUCAUCAAACAAAGGUGCCAUCGUGUCUGCCAGCUCUUGCCAUUUACCUACAGUCACAAGAAGACUUGUUGARSAAAGUSGAAAAUGAACUCAAGGCGACAAGACAAGAACUUAAGCAAGCUCAACAAGCGUUAGCUACGAAAGCAUCAAGCUCCGACCUGGCGAACUUACGAAAAGAGCUUCAGACGACCAGACAAGAACUGCAACAAGUAAAACAAGGAAUCGGAAAGUGGCCCGCAGGAAGCUAUUGCAUACUCGCCAGCGGUAGCUGCCCACCAGSCUUCACUCUCAAGGCAGGCCAUAUGCGCGCGUUGAAGUUGUACGGUCCGUCAGCUAGCUACAUCACCCCUGUGGUCUUUGGAAGCAGUAACAUCAGGUGCCAUGGCAGAUGUGGYCAAUAUGGCCAAUGGAUUGGUGAACUCAACAUAAAAGCGUGUUGCAAAUGAUUGUUUGAAAUUACAGCAUUUCAUGCUCAAUAAACGAUUUAAAAAUUCAGUAGCUUAAGUUUAUUUAGUUUGAAUUGAAUUGAUUUAAUAGAGAUAUGUAAGUAAGAGUAUGUUGCACACUUUAAACUACAACCAUGUAAUAUUAAAGGUUGAUUAAAAUGAUUUCAAAACU